AAUAUUAUCACUAUUUUAUUCCCUUCAUUUCUUUCACUUCUCCCCAACCUAAAUAGCAGCUAUAGCUAAAACACUAGCAGCAGCAGUAGUAGUAGUACCACUACUAGUAGCAGACCUUUGCCAUUUCACUCUGCAACAUUCUGAUAAAACUCUCAGUUUACUCUCUCUUCUCUUUACCUUACCCAUCCCUCUGUCCCAAUAACCCCAUCUUCAUCUUUUUUCUUUUCUUCAUUUUCUAGUAUAAAAGAGAGUGAUUAAGUCUAACAAAAGCUAUGGAUAUUGAGAUGCUCAAAUCAGCAGCAGCUUCUGAAGAUCAAAUGGAGUUGAUGCUCAUGAUGCAAUUAGACAAACUUCCUGACUUCUCCACUGGUAACAGUUCUGAAUUGCCAAUGAUAGAUUUUAGUCCACAAGGAAGUUGCAACAGCAACAACAGUGGAAAUGGAAACACUAAUUAUUUCCCUAAUCAAAUUGAUCACAAUACACCAACUUUCUUGAACAUACCUUCCAACAAUAUCUCAUUUACUAACUCUCAUCAAAAUCCUUCAACCCUUCAAAAUUUCUUAGCCAAUAACUCUAGUAGUAGCAGUAGUUCUGGUGCAUUUAAUUCCCAUUCGAUGAAUCGAAGUAAUAUGGCAGCAAUGAGAGAAAUGAUAUUCAGAAUUGCAGCAAUGCAACCAAUUAACAUAGAUCCUGAAUCUGUAAAACCACCAAAGAGAAGGAAUGUGAAAAUAUCGACCGAUCCUCAAAGUGUAGCGGCACGUCACAGAAGAGAAAGGAUAAGUGAAAGGAUAAGAAUAUUACAGAGAUUAGUACCAGGUGGUACUAAAAUGGACACUGCAUCAAUGUUAGAUGAAGCAAUUCAUUAUGUCAAAUUCUUGAAAAAUCAAGUGCAGUCAUUGGAAAGAGCAGGUGCAAAUAGGCCAUCAAAUUCUGUUGCUGCUACAGGAUUAGGAUUCCCUGUACCAAUGUCUUUAAGUGGGAAUUAUUUACCUGUGAGUUCAAAGAGUUAUCAAAAUAUUCAACAAUAUGCAGAUGCUUAGUUUGACUCCUUAUUUGAAGGAAAAAAAAGAGAAAGAAGUUGUUCUUUCUUGUUAGAAGAAAUUGAAUUUGUGGGGUUGUAAAUUAGAAAGGAAGUGUCAACGUCAUUUGCAUUAUGAUCCUUAAGGCUUAUAACCAUGCAUGUUGUAUUUGAUAGGAGAAUAAUGAUCUAUAACCAUGGUAUAUACUAGA